AUGGGCGCCGCUCAAUCUUCCAACAAGGAUGCCCGGGAGCACCAAGCAUGGAAGAAGCACCUUCAGAAGCAGUAUGACGGAAAUAGACAUUGGUCGACCGGUGUCCGCUUCCAGCGUCCACCCAAGCUUAGCCCUGAACAGCUGAACGAGCGCAUGCUUGAGCUCGAGCACGAAGAACCCGUCAUUGAGAAGCGCCGAUACCUUAACCCCAACGGCGAUGACGACCACGAGAAAUUCCCCGACUUGGAUACAUACUAUAGUACGACGAAGGAGAUCCCCCGUCGGCUCGUUGUGCAGGCCACAAGAGAGGCACAGAAGGAUAGUCGACCGAGGCACUGGGGUCAUGCGCGAAUUGUCGGCCGCACACCCUUCAUCAUUCGACUAUCGGAGCUUUGUCUGAACCCGUUUAACCUCCCACGAUACGAUUCCGGCUAUGUUGAUCCGAGCGAGGAUCCAGAUAUACCCGCGCCACCGAAGCUGACUGGAGUACAGCGGGUUGCGGAGAUAUGUGUUCGCAUCAUGCAUCAUAUCCUGUCUAUAUUUUUCACGAUGACCUUGUCGUGGAUCAUUCAGGUCUUGCUAUCCAUCGAUGUCAUCACUCAACCGUGGAGUAGCGAAGAUGACUCGUCCGAUAAGUAUGAUGGAUACGAUAACGUGCACUGGGACUGGCCCAAACACGCCAUCAAUCCCUUGGAUCAGUCGCCGAACAAUCCGCGACCGCAGUCAAAUCUCUCCAGACUCAUGAUCCCUCGCCGCCUGGUGGUCAAAGAGAAUGGCGAGUGGGUGGCGAAAGACACAUCGGAGCUUCGCAAUGAGAAAACAGGCAUGUUGCCGGCGUACAUCUUCCUGAGUUUCUCGCGCGGAAACUAUGGCGCCGGCGACUAUGUGCUAAGACCAUUCUUCCACAAGGUCGGAGAAGAAAUUCUGGCAAAAGAGAACGAGCAUAAAGCCCCGGAUGAGGAACGUGUGGAAGCUUUGUGGGUGGAUGUGGACUGUAUCUCGCACGAAAAUAAGGCCGACGAGGCGAGGGAUAUCAACUCCAUUUGCGAUGCUGUGCGCUGCGCGAAGCGGGUGUAUAUCAUGCUGCCAAAUGAGGACCCGGAGCAAAAGAAGACAUGGGGAAAACGUGUCUGGACCCUGCCUGAGGUUCUCCUCGCAGCCGAAAAGAUCAGAUACUAUAUCACGCCACUAUGGCACGCUUCUCCAUCCACUGAUGUACAGCCUGACCCUAUCUUCCCCCGAGAGGUGUCAUUGACAGAUAUGUACCGAAGCUUCUGGGAGCCGUGUGAGCCUAUCUCGACGGUAUCGAGCACCGAAGGCAACAGAGAGCGGCCCGAAGAUGCAAUCAGCCACCUCAUCGACCACUAUACGAACAGAACCAAGCUCAGCGAUUUGCAGUUGUUCACCUUUGCCGUGCAGGCUAUGGCGAAACUAGUGACUGGCGAUGUCGAAGGCUACACAACCACCAGCAUGGCCUAUGCCGCAAUGGGUCUUUUGUCCUACCGCAUCACACCAGACGAGGAAGACGAUACCUUCCAGGCAAUUGCGCGCCUGUCCCUGGUAAACGACAGCAACCAAUUGCUCGAGCGGCUCGUCAGUCUGUGGCCAAACCAUUCACGGCCUAGCCCAGGCCAAUCCAGCGCAAACAUCGAAGCCAGAUACGCCGUAGCCAACAACGACGCUCUCAAAAACAUCGCAGACCAAGACCAAUACUCCGUUCAUCUCUGGGAUAUCCAGCCAUCAUGCGACGUCGUCGGAAUCGGCAACGACAAGUUCACACCAACAAUCAUCCUGGACCGGUGCCGCGGCAUCCCCAUCCGCUGGAAGAGCUUCCCGGAAGUGCAAUACGUGCAGAACUUCACCAGCAUCCGCGCAAACAUCUCGCAGGGCAUCGUAUGGCUGGGCGCCUGGUUCCUGCUCGCAGGCUUCAAUCUCUUCGCGACCGUGAUCUCCCUGGCCUUUGCAAGCGUGGACGAGAACAGCACCUUCGACAUCGCAAAAUAUAUGUACGGUAUCGCGCUCUACGUCGGCAUCGCCUGGAUAAUAUCCUGGUUCAGCCCCAGAGCCGUGCGCCAGCUCUGCAGCGGCGGAUCCUCUGGACUUUCGGCCCACCUGGUCGGCUUCGAGGGCACGAUGACGCUCCGGGAUAUCGAGAAGUCCAUGUACGGCAACUUCAAUGAUCGGCUCUCGUACGCGCCUUCGGCUACCGUCUUCUCGCAGAGUCUGCGCCAUCCCAGACUGCGCAUGGGCAUUGAGUCCCCGCUUGGUCCUGACCACUGGGAACUGGAGCUGAAGAGGCUGAAGGAGCUCCACGGGAUCCCGGACACCCAUCGCCUGUUUACUAUUGUUGAUACGGGUGACAUGACGGUUUCGGUUAUUGCGGCUGAGAGGCCGCCGGUUGUGGCGCUUAUUACUGGUCGUGAAGGUGGUAUGUUGCGGGCGCUUUUGUGCAGUUGGCGGUUUGAUAAGAAUUGUUUGUAUCGGGAGUGUGUGGUGCGCAUGCGCAGUUCGUUGGAGGAUCAGGCUACGCCUAAUGACUGGUUGAAGGUCAGUUUGGCUAGUCAGGGGGAGGUGAGUCGGACUCGGUUGAGAUUUGCUCAACAGGAGAAGGCGGCUUCGCUCUUUGUUCCUUCGGUUGCUUCGGUGUCACUUCCUCCUCCUACUCCGCCUCAGAAAGAUCAUGUUGUACAGCGGGUUGUUACCGAGGUGCCGUCACACUCUUAG